AUGACGGCAGGUUGCCACGACAAGGCGGUGCUGCUCUAUGAAUAUGUGGGGAAGCGGAUCGUGGACUUGCAGCACACGGAGGUACCGGAUGCCUAUCGAGGGAGAGGAAUAGCCAAGCACCUCGCAAAGGCAGCCCUGGACUUCGUGGUGGAGGAGGACCUGAAAGCUCACCUGACGUGCUGGUACAUUCAGAAAUAUGUCAAGGAGAACCCACUGCCGCAGUACCUGGAACACUUGCAGCCUUAA